AUGGCCGACCUUGACAUAGUGAACGCUAGGCGACCUCGACAAUUUCGCAGGAUAGAUAGACAAACGGACGAAGACAACGACGAGGAAGUACGUAAACGGUAUAGAUUCACUCCGCACAACAUAGACAGAUUGGAACGACUGAUAGGCCACAGACUUGAGCGACCGACUCGCAGAAAUCAACCCUUGACACCACGGCAACAGAUUAUGAUUGCUUUACGUUUUUACGCCACUGGGAAUUUUUUACAAGUAAUAGGGGAUACAUUUGGGGUAGAUGUUGCCACGGUUUCAAGGGUUGUAACUGCAGUGACCGACUGUAUUUUUGACAUGAAGGACAGCGCGAUUCAAUUUUCGACGACAGACAGACAUAGACACAGGACUAAGACUGGAUUUCAUGCCAUAAGGGGAUUCCCGUCUGUGAUAUCAGCGGUAGACGGAACGCACGUAAGAAUACAAACGCCCAGUGAUGACGAGGAGCAGUAUGUCAAUAGAAAACAUUUUCACAGCAUUAACGUGCAAGCCAGCUGCGACCAUAGAGGUAUUUUCAACUGCAUAAAUGCCAUCUGGCCGGGCAGUACGCACGAUGCCCAUGUAUUUAGGACCUCGGAAUUGUUCCACUUCAUGGAAACACAUCAUCAUGGCCUUGAAGAUGGCAUACUGCUAGGGGACAGUGCCUACCCUUGCAAGCCUUACAUGCUCACCCCAUACCUGCACCCAGCAAAUGAAGCACAGCAACAUUUCAAUGAUGCGCAUUGCUCCACAAGAAAUGUUAUAGAAAGAGCCUUUGGUGUAUUGAAGAGGCGAUUUCAUAUACUACAUACAGAGAUCCGGAUGAAGCCACUGAAAGUAAGUAAGAUUGUGGUAUGUUGUGUUGUAUUACACAACCUUGCAAAGCUGUGGGGAGAACCCGAAGAAUUUCCGCCCGAGGAUGACCAGCAGCCCCCUACUGUUCUGAACCAUGACGAUGACAUGUCCGGAAAGGCAGUUCGGGAGUACAUUACAAUGCAAUACUUCAGUUGACAAGGAACAUUUGACAAGGAUGGAGACCACUUUCAUGAUCAUCAAUUUCCACCAGGUGGUUUAAACUGAUAUAAAUAAGUGUCUUUUAUCAAUGGCCCUGUGUAUGUGUAUAUUUUAACAACAGUGGUGACCACAUUUGAUGAAAUUGAAUGCUUGUGUCUGAAUUGAGUUUCUCUAGUUCAUGGCAUUUCAUAACACUUUUAUUAAACGAUACUGUGAUCCUUAUAAACAUUAUUGAAUGGUUGAAAUUGUAGUUACAAUGUAUGUGAUUUAUUUUUGAAUUUAGAGUUAUAUGGCAUGGUAGAAUUGACUGCAUCAUACAAUUUGAUUUAUUUCCAUAAAAAAAGACAAAAAUGUACAUUUUUAGUGAAUAAGAAACUUAUUAUUACAUUGAUCAUUUCUGAAUGUGAUUAUCAC